AUGCUUGUUCUUUUUGAAUCGGCAGCGGGCUACGCCUUGUUUAAGCUUCUUGAUGAGUCUAAACUGCUGAAUGUGGAAAACCUCUAUCGGGAAUUUGAAAGUCCAGGGAAAGCCUCUAAAAUUUUGAAACUCAAGCACUUUGAGAAGUUUGAGAACAUAAAUGAGGCAGUUGCAGCAAACUUGACCGUGGAAAAUGACAAGGUCAGCAAGAACUUGAAACGCCUGGUCAAGAAGCACAUUCUUAAAGAUGCCGAGGCUGAGCUUGCAAUAGCAGAUGCCAAACUUGGAAAAUUAUUGAAGAAAGAAUUUGACCUCAACUGUGUGACCAACUCAUCGAUUCAGGAGCUAAUGAGGAACAUCCGAAGCCAGCUGGACAGCUUCAUCAGUCCAUUGGUGGACGCCAGCCACCUGGCCCAGAUGUCUCUGGGUUUGGCUCACAGUUUGAGCAGAUACAGAUUAAAGUUCAGCCCUGACAAAGUGGAUACCAUGAUUGUACAGGCUGUCUCACUGCUGGACGACGUAGACAAGGAGCUAAACAACUACAUCAUGAGGUUGAGGGAGUGGUACGGCUGGCACUUUCCUGAACUGUCCAAAAUAGUCACUGACAACUUGGCAUAUGCAAGAACUGUCAAAGUCUUAGGUGACAGACAGAAUGCAGCAAAGAUGGACCUGUCAGACAUCUUGCCAGAACACCUGGAGAAAGAACUCAAAUGGGCAGCUGAGAUCUCCAUGGGGACAGAAAUAUCUGAAGAGGACAUCUUCAACAUCAAAAGUUUAUGUGACCAGGUGAUUGAGAUGUCCAAGACCAGGGAUGAGCUCUACAGCUACCUGAAGGAACGCAUGUCCAUGGUUGCUCCCAAUCUGACAGUUCUUGUUGGGGAGUUGGUUGGUGCCAGACUCAUUGCCCAUGCAGGUUCACUGCUCAAUCUUGCCAAGCACCCGGCCUCAACUGUGCAGAUUCUGGGCGCUGAGAAGGCUUUGUUCAGGGCUCUGAAAACAAAACACGACACCCCUAAAUAUGGGUUGAUCUAUCAUGCAUCACUGGUGGGUGCGGCCCAGCCUAAAUACAAAGGAAAG